CCAAGCUCGGUAACGUGGGCUAGCCUACAUUCCAUGAUAAACUCAGACACGUGAAAGCACGUAUCUGCUCCUGGAAUAAUUUUAUACCUGCCCAUAUCCAAAUCACAAUGGACCUUUUGGGAUUGUACCUGUUUCAACUCGUUUUCGUUGGCCUCCAGAGGGCGCUGUCUGCGGGCAGUGACUGCCUGCUGGCCGGCGACUCGUGCUCCAGCGACGAGAGCUGCAGUCCGCGCCUGCGGACCCUGCGGCAGUGCGUGGCGGGCAACGGCAGCAUGAAGCUGGGCCCGGGCGCCCGCAGCCAGUGUGCUAACGCGGUGUCUGCGCUGCUCUCCAGCCCGCUGCACGGCUGCCAGUGCCGCCGAGGCAUGAAGAAGGAGAAGAACUGCCUCAGUAUCUACUGGAGCCUGCACCAGUCCGGCAUCCACGGUCUUAACCUGGUGGAGAGUUACCCCUAUGAGGCGGUGCAGAAGGGUUACGACUACGUGCGGCUGGCGUCCAUCACUGCAGAGUCUGAGGCCGGCCCCGUGGCGGUCAACCGUUGCCUGGACGCCGCCAAGGCCUGCAACGUGGACGACGUGUGCCAGCGCCUGCGUACCGACUACGUGUCCGCCUGCAUCAAGCCCUCGACGCGCCCGGGCCCGUGCAACAAGGCCAAGUGCCACAAGGCUCUGCGGCGCUUCUUCGAUCGCGUGCCGGCCGAGUACACGCACCGCCUGCUCUUCUGCCCCUGCAGCGACACGGCCUGCUCCGAGCGCCGGCGCCAGACCAUCGUGCCCAUGUGCUCCUACGAGGCCAACGGGGACAAGCCCAGCUGCCUGGCGCAGAUGAGGGCGUGCAACAACGACUACGUCUGCAGGUCGCGCUUGUCCCAGUUCCAGUACGACUGCCAGCCGGAUGAGGCGUCCACCAGCGGCUGCAAACAGGCCAGCCACGCCGCCUGCCUCAUCGCGUACACCGGACUCAUAGGGAGCCCGGUGACCCCUAACUAUGUGGACAACUCCACGUCGAGCGUGUCGCCAUUUUGCAACUGCGCCUUCAGCGGCAACCAGAGGGAGGAGUGCACCAACUUCCUGGAUUUCUUCACCAACAACAUCUGCCUGAAAAACGCUCUGCUCACCUUUGAGAGCGGGGAGGGUCUCACUCCAGCCCCAACCCCGACCCAGGAGCCAUCAGGAGGACAGCCCGGCCACGUCACCCUCCGACCACUGGACCACCACACCACCACCAUUACCACCAUCAGCAUCACCACCAAAGCCAACACCAGAACAAGGACCACCACUCCUGAAUCUGUUUCCACGGAGACCAAGGAGGAAGACUUAAUGAGCCCACUGAUACCCACACAGGACACCAUGAAUGACAGACUGUGGGGUGACACUACGGGACCCUCCAGCACUCAGUCCAAGUCCGCCGCUGCCACCGGCCCGCUCCCCCCCACCAUCGCCCUCCUCCUCACCUGCUCCUCUCUCCUCCUCACACUCCUCCUCCUGUGCCACGACCAGUGAAGGGAGGAGCUCAGAGACUGGAUGGCUGCAAGCAGGCUGGUGAUGUGUUUCCACACAAUGGGGCCUGUAUGCUUUGUAAAACAAACAAACAAACAAACAAACAAACAAACAAACACACAAACGGAGAGAUGCCUCUGUGGAGGACACAGGUUGCCAUAGGAACAGAGACGAGUCAUUGUGUUGUAUGUUUUCGAUUCCCGUGGACAAACAGAUCUGAAACCCUCGUUUGCUUUUUUUGGACACCAUUUUCAUGGCUAAAAGUGGCACUUUAUGUUAAGCAAACAGCUAUAAAUAAGAAAAUUCGAAAGAUUGAGAUUGAAUGGGGAUG